GUCAAGACACAAGUUUCGACGAGUCUUUUUGUCUUUCUUUCUUGGUCUUCUCUUUAAUUCUUCCCAUCUUCUCCUCUCCUUUACAUGUCUGUCUAUUGAGCACGUAUUGCUCUGGCGCUCCUUAUCCUAAUUUGAUUCAUCUGAAAGGCGAUCUUUGCAGCCCCCAAUUUUAUAAUAACAGCACUUGGAAGCGCUGGAUCGCGUCCACCAGCGAUCGCCAAGCCUGCCUGCCUAUCCUAUCCACGCUACCGUGGCCGUUUCUUUGCCCAGCCGGCCACCACUGGCGCGACCAAGACAUUUCGCCAAGAUAGAAAUCUACUACCUAUUUGGCUUCUGAUAGGCGACCACCUAGGCUUACAUCAUUCCUUUAUUUCUCUCUACCGUGUCAUACAGAUCAAAUACAUUCACUUGUAUUUUUUGACUACUAAAUCUAGUUGAUACAGUCUGCUGCUGAAGCAGAAGCAGCUAGCUACUUGCACUGCACUUCGCCCAACAUGGCCCACGAUGAUCAGUCCCGCCAAGGGCUACUUGGCGCGGACCAAAAAGAGGAGGAAAAGGUCCGCCGCCAGUCCUUCGACUCCGAUUCCGACAUUGAUGCGACCGAGUUCCUGACAAGAGACCCUAUGGCCUCGUCGCCACCGCCGACGGCCCAAACCACGCCAGCUUUUAUGCGCCGCAGUGGACGACGGGCAUGGUCUUGUGGCUCUCCCUGUGCCAGCUGCAAGAGGUGUUGCAUUUUUGUGUGCGGCAUCUUUAUACUCAUAUGGUUACUGCUUGGCGCCGGCGGUGCCUUUGUAUACAAAAAGUACACCGAAGAGCCCCAGUACGGCCUGUCGCCGCCAUGGUACCCGUCCCCGUUGGGUGGCUCAUCAGCCGGGUGGGCUGCCAGCUACUCUCGCGCCGCCAAGAUGGUGGAGAAGAUGACACUGGCGGAAAAGGUCAACGUCACUACGGGUGUCGGUUGGCAGAUGGGUCCGGCAGUUGGGUCAAACGGCCCUGCUAUCCACGUCGGCUUUCCUCAGCUUCAUCUGCAGGACGGACCCACAGGCAUCCGAUUUGCCGACAAUACGUCGGCUUUCCCUGCAGGCAUCACCGUCGGAGCCACCUUCAACAAGCAGCUAAUGUACCUUCGCGGAAAGGCUCACGGCGCCGAGGCUCGUGGCAAGGGUAUCAACGUGCUUCUGGGCCCAUCCAUCGGUCCCCUCGGUCGCAUGCCUGCUGGUGGUAGGAACUGGGAGGGUUUUGGAUCUGAUCCUUACCUGCAAGGAGUCGCGGGCGCGCAGACCAUCAAGGGUAUUCAGAGUGAGGGUGUUAUGGCCUCGGUCAAGCACUUUGUCGCCAAUGAGCAAGAGCACUUCCGUCAGGCUUGGGAGUGGGCCCUGCCGCACGCAAUCUCUUCCAACAUGGAUGACCGUACCCUGCACGAGCUUUACGCCUGGCCGUUCCAGGACGCCAUCAAGGCCGGUGUGGCCAGUGUCAUGUGCAGCUACAACAUGAUCAACAGCAGCUACGCAUGCCAAAACUCGAAACUUCUGAACGGAAUCUUGAAGGACGAACUGGGUUUCCAGGGUUUUGUCGUAUCCGACUGGCUCGCACAGCGCUCAGGAGUUGCAUCCGCCAUCGCCGGUCUCGACAUGACCAUGCCAGGUGAUGGUCUCGGUUGGGCAGACGGCAAGUCGCUCUGGGGGUCGCAACUAACGCAAUCCGUACUCAACGGCUCCGUGCCCAUGGACCGACUCAACGACAUGGUGACCCGUAUCGUCGCCUCGUGGUACCAGCUCGGACAGGACAACCCGGCCCGGUUCGACGGCAAGGGCCCCAACUUCUCGUCUUGGACUAGAGAACGCAUGGGCGUCGUCUCCCCCGGAAGCAGGACGACGCAGGAGAAGACCGAGGUCAACAAGUAUGUCAACGUGCAGUCGUCACACAGCGACAUUGCGCGCCAGGUCGCCGCCGAGGGCACUGUGCUGCUGAAAAACAAGAACAUAUUGCCCAUCAGCAAGCAGGGCUUCACCGACGCCAAGCGUGACCUGCGCAGGCGGCACGAGGGCAAGCUCAAGAUUGGCAUCUUUGGAGAGGACGCCGGUCCUGCACCAGGCGGACCCAAUGCGUGCAUCGACCGCGGCUGCAACCGCGGAACGCUGGCCAUCGGCUGGGGCAGCGGCGCCGUCGACUUCCCCUACCUCGUGACGCCGAUUGAUGCCAUCAAGAAGGGCUUCGAGCAGGGCAAGGUCGAGAUCAAAGAGUUUCUCUCUAAUGCAAACGUGUUCCUCAAGGACAAGUCGGCUUCCGAUACUGACGUCUGUAUCGUGUUUGCCAACGCGGAUUCCGGUGAAGGCUUCCUCAAGGCGGAUGGUAUCAGCGGCGACAGGAACGACCUUAACCUACAGCGCGGCAGCGACGACCUUGUGUAUCAGGUCGCAAACAAGUGCGGCGGCGGCGGCGGCGAGGUCAUUGUCAUCAUCCACAGCGUCGGCCCCGUCAUUGUGGAGCGCUGGAUAGACCAUCCCAACGUCAAGGCCGUCGUGCUCGCCAACAUCCCCGGCCAGGAGAGCGGCAACGCGCUGGCCGACAUCAUCUUUGGCGAUGAGAACCCCUCAGGCAAGCUGCCGUACACCAUGGGCAAAUCUCUCGACGACUACGGCCCCGGCGCCAAGGUCAUGUACCUCCCCAACGGCGUGGUGCCGCAGCAGGACUUUAGCGAAGGCGUGUUUAUCGACUACAAGCACUUCGACCGCGCUGGGAUCCAGCCGCGCUUCGAGUUUGGUUACGGUCUGUCGUACACGACGUUUGAGUUUGCAAACCUAAGCAUCAGCGAGCGCAAGCCCAAGAAGGCACUACCGGAAGCCCGCCCCACGGCGGCCGCGGAGCCGCCCACCUACAACAAGGACAUCCCCGACGAGCGCGAGGCCCUGUGGCCGAGAGACAACAGCAUCCGCCCGCUGGAAAAGUACAUCUACCCGUACCUGGACGAGGUCGACGAGCUAGUGCAACACCCUUACCCCUACCCGGACGGCUACUUUAGCAGGCAAACUCUGAGCCCUGCCGGCGGCGAGGAGGGCGGUAACCCGGACCUCUGGGAGGUACAGCUCGAGGUCAAGGCGCAGGUCAAGAACACGGGAUCGAGGGACGGCAAGGUGGUGGCGCAGCUGUACGUCGGCAUCCCACCGCUUUCGUCACCCGCGCAGGGCGGUGGCAGCAGAGUCGGGCCGGCAGGCUCGCCGGACCCCAAGAAGAAGGAUGAGGUCGAGUUCCCGAUCAGGCAGCUGCGCGGGUUCGAAAAGGUCCUCAUCAAGAAGGGCGAGACGGCAGAGGUCUCAUUCAACCUGACGAGGAGGGACCUGAGCUUCUGGGACGUGGAGAGGCAGACUUGGAGGAUUGUGACGGGAGGGGAGUACAAGAUUAUGGUUGGACAGAGUUCCAGAGACCUGCCACUCGAAGGGAAGUGGUAG